AUGGUACCAAAUACGCCUUUUACCACCGUGAUCCAACCGCCUCCAGGCCCCAACGCAAAGCUUGUACUCCCAGGCCAAGGUUCAACGAACCCACCUAUCUUCAACGAUGCAAUGAUCGUUCGCAUGAGGGUAUUUGUCGACGAACAAAAAUGCUCCGCCGAAGGCGAGAUCGACGGCGAUGAUGCACGAAGUUGGCAAUGGGUUAUGUACGACCCAGCUUCAGAAAAUACGAAUGCGCCAGUCGCAGUCAUCCGGCUGGUGCCACCUCCACAGCCACCACAUGCUCUCCUCACACAUCCAGAGGACGUGGGUACAAAAGACCUACCUGCAUUUGAUUGGGACCAUGAGCCAUGCAUAAAAUUAACACGCGUGGCCGUUAUGCCUGAGUACCGGGGAAAGGGACUUGGGCGGCGUUUGGUGGAUACGGUCCUGGAUUGGGCGAGUGAUCAUGCGGCUGAGAUUGAUGAGGCCGUGGCACAGUUGGCAUCUAUGUCGAAUGGGACCGCCAUUAUCAAAAAAUGGGAUGGUUUGGUUCUUGUGCAUGCGCAAGUCGAUGUGGAGCAGAUGUAUCGCGGGUUGGGAUUCCAAACGGAUGAAUCGCUUGGUCGGUGGGACGAGGAAGGAAUUGAACAUGUGGGAAUGUUCCGAAGAUUAAAGUUGGCAUGA